AUGACCGACUCGGACGCCCUGAACGGGAGGGAUGAAACAGAGGAAACAUCUUUGGUCGAACGGAAGCUGUUUUGGACACGGAUGGAUAAGUUGUUAGCAGUGUUUGGUGCUCUAAUCAAUUUUGGACAUGGAGUGGAAACUUAUUUGCCUGGAGUGAUAACUCAACAAAUAUCCUGUGUCACUGAACUGUCUGAGUGGCAGGAAGGAACAUUGGAUUGUAUACUUUACAUCACAUUAGCUGUGGCUCUUGUCGUUUCCGGACCUCUUUCGGACUGGUUUGGAAGACGGGAGUUACUUCUGUUCUCCCUAUAUUUAAGUGUUCUGAGUGCAGUGAUCUGUGCUAUAGUUGCUGACUACUACUUGCUCCUUCUUUCUAGAGCGCUCAUCGGGAUUUGUAUAGGACUCAGCUUUUCGACUUGUUUGGUCAUGAUAGCUGAGUUGGCUUCCGAAAAAGCGAUUCAACAUGAUAUAUUGAUGAUUGCGUCUAUAAUGUACGCUAUCGGUGGAGUCUGGUCAGCUGGUUUAGGUUAUCUUUUGCUAGAUCUAGUUGGUUGGAGGAUCUUUAUACUUCUCACCUCAAUACCCUUAUUUAUACCACCCAUUUUCAUGCUCCACUUCAUCUUCGUAGGGACAGCAGGCCAGCAAAUGCAAGACGAGCAAAACCAGGAUAUACCAAAAGGAACAAUGAACGUUUCCAAUUUUGUUGCCAGAACCGUCAAACUCGGGCUAUUUGAUGGAAUGACUACAUUCCAAGGCUGGCUUACAAUCCUUCUCGUUCCAACCAUGAUCCAGAUGCUCAAAAUCAAAAAGGCUGAACCAAACAGUGACUGUUCGGUGACAGUGACUAAAGGACCGGAAUUAUUGUUAUUGGGCAUUGUUACUUUAGCAUCUGCAUUUGGAAUGUUAUUCAGGCACUUGAUCAGAAAUAUGCUCAGUUUCCGCAAAUCACAGGUGAUAGCCGCAUUGUUAAACGUGGUGGCUUUCACAGCGAUGCUAGAAGUAGGAAAGGAAAGCCUUGUUGUUAUUGUUCUGAGCAAUUUCGUGGUCAAAUUCUUGUACGGGUUCUCCAUGAUGGCCCAUACUUACAUCCUUGCUGAUAUUGAUUAUUUCGGAACAGGGAACUUUGCACUAGGUUCCGGAAUAUCGUCUGCUAUGGGCACGGCUGGUGGAGUGUUUGGAACAGCCAUGGUCGCCUUUACACCGAUGUCUUAUGUUAUUAUCACUGCGUUGGUGAUCAGUGCACUCAAUAUUCCGUUAGUACUCUCCAUGUCUGAAGUCAAGUUGAAUUAG